AUGUCACAUGACGAGCUUAGGAUCAAGGACUUAUAUCCUGACCUGGGCAAACCUUGGUGGCGCGUCCCCCAUCUCCUGAAACUGAAUGCCCUCCUGAUCGCCCCCUUUCUGACAAGUUACGUCGGAGGUUACGACGGCUCGGUCCUUGAUUGGAUGCAGACAGUGUCUGUGUGGCAGGAGGAUCUUAAACAUCCCAAGGGAGGCAUCCUCGGCCUUAUGGUGACCAUGCAGGUCAUUGGUGGCAUUGCUUGCCUGCCUUUUGCACCUUUUGCAGCUGACGUCUUUGGACGUCGUCACCCUGUUGCCUCUGCUGGAAGAUUCUUUAUCGGCGUUGGAGGCAGCUUUGCGGCGGUUUCUGCUGCUCCACUAAUUGCAGAGCUGAGUUAUCCCACUCAUCGUGCUAUCUUUACGGCAGUGUAUAACACUAGCUGGUACCUUGGCUCAAUCGUUGCUGCCUGGGCUCUCGUCUCCAUCAUUCAGAUUUUCACCAUCUACUUUGCGCCCGAGAGUCCUCGAUGGCUGAUUGCCAAUGACCAAACCGAAGAGGCUUCUCGAAUCCUGAGCAAGUACCACGCCGGAUCUGAUGAACCAAAUGAGCUGGUUCGGUUCGAAGUGGCUGAAAUCACGGCUGCCAUUGAGUUUGAACAGGGAAACAUCCACCGGUUCGCCAUUACCGUGCUGCUUGGUUUCAUCAUUCAAUGGUGCGGCAACAGUCUGAUCUCUUCCUAUCUCAUUCUGAUCCUCAACAACAUUGGCAUCACGAACCCAGAGACACAGAACUUGAUCAAUGGAGGUCUUCAAAUCUACAACAUGGUGGUUGCGACUACUGCCGCAUGCCUGGUUGACCGCCUCGGUGAACGAUUCCUCUUUUUGCUUUCCACAAAUGGCAUGAUGUUCUCUUUCGUCACCUGGAUUAUCCUCUCUGCUCGUAACCAGCAGCUCGACUAUGAGAAGAAGGGUCUCAGCAUCGGAGUUGUUGCCAUGGUUUUCAUCUUUUAUGCAUUCUACAACUUUGCCAUGAAUCCCCUUCCGAUUGCCUACCUGGUCGAAGUCCUCCCUUACACGUUGCGAGCCAAGGGUCAACCAUAUUCAACUUGGCCCAGUUCUCCAGCUCACUGUUCAACGGAUUCGUCAACCCUGUCUGCAUGGAAGCCUUGGGAUGGAGGUAUUAUAUCGUCUUUGCCUGCGCACUUGCUCUCUGGAGUUCAAGACAUCACGAUGUAUGCCGCGGAUUGGGAGGAUUCGGGCCAUGCAGAUACUGAAGUACCGAGCAAGAGAGUAGCUAGUUCUGAACGAAGCUUUUGGGAGCGACGCGACUUGAUUCCCAUUCUUUCCCUGCAACGUGGACAGCCGUUGGAUUGA